AUGGCAACUAAUGCUUCUGCGCAGCCCGUCUGCCAAAACUGCGGAACAUCGACAACGCCGCUAUGGCGUCGCGACGAGUUCGGAUCUGUCCUGUGCAAUGCGUGCGGACUUUUCCUCAAGCUUCAUGGACGACCACGACCGAUUUCGCUAAAGACGGACGUGAUCAAGAGCCGAAACCGCGUCAAGACGAUGCGGCCGGAUCUUGCUCCCAAGAGAAAGCGCCUACCACAGCAGCAACAGCACGGAUUCCCCCUCGCGACAGACCCCAAUAGCGCCGAGAACACUGCGGCACAGGCGGUUCGCAGAGCGCAGAAGAUGAAUGGCGAGGGCCCCGAGUCGCCCAUUUCGCGGACUGGGACUCCCUCCAUGUACAAUCAUUCAAUGCCCUCUUUCAUGGUCGAUGACCCGUCCCAGGCAGGCGUUGCCGGCUUCAAUGGAGAGGGACGCGCUGGGUCACCCAUGAAUGGGGACCGCGGGCUCGAGUCUCCCCAGACGCAGGAGCAGCUCAUCGCCAACAAUUCAAGCCUCAAGACGAGGGUUAGAGAACUUGAGUUUAUCAACGAGCUCUUCCGGGGCCGACUCAGCCAACUCGAACAGCAGGAGGCGGCUGCGUCUGCGGCGCUCAGGGGCCAGGAAGUUGCUGGUGUUGAGCACACCCAGCUGCGAGCUCAGCUGGACGCAAGUAAGGAGGUUGAGAACCAACUUCGAGCUCAGCUGGAAGACAGCCACCGAAGAGAAAACAACCUCAAGCGACGGCUCGACGAACUGGAGCUUGAGCUGCGGGCCGUUAAGGAUGCCCUGACAGAAGCAGACUCGCGCCCCUACAAGAAACCUCGCACUAUCGACUCUGAGGAGGCCGUCAAGGCAGAAGCGGCUGAUGCCUUGGCUGCAGUCGCAGUUGCCGUCGCCCCGGAGCUCAUGAUGGAUGCUCACAUGGCAGAGGUGGCUGCCGAAGAAAACGUCGCCGAACCCAUCGAGGCACCGUCUGGCCUAUCUAUGGAUGGUGCUGUAGAGGCAUCUGCGGAACCAGUUGAAGGAGCACAUCUCGAAGCCUCCGCCGAAAUCGCGACGGAAGAGGCAGCCCAGUCCGCUGUCGAGCCAACUGCAGAGCAGGUCUUGGAGACGACUGAAGAUGCGCCCACCGACGUGGCCGCUGAGACCACUGUUGAGCCCCCUGCCGAACCAGAGGCUGAAUCGGCCCCAGAGGCUCAUGAAGCCGCCGCAGCGGACGCAGACGAGGCUGCACCCGAACUGGAGGGUGCUGCGGCUCCCGCCGAAGUCGUUGCGUAAAUGCUUUCUGAUUUUCUCUUAACGCAUGCUUGCCGACUCGAUCAUUUCUUUUCUCCUCUUUGCCCCAGGCCGUGGCAACGAUGGAUGUGCACUGAAUGUUGACGAAUCUUGCUCAUUUUAAUACCCUUGUACGAAACUCGAUCUGGUGCCAGCUGCAUCAGAUAUACUCACUCUUUCGCGGUGCCGGAACGACGAAAGCAAAAAGUUUUGGCGUUUGACGGUAUUCUUUUCUUUGUUGUCGCCUUGUGCGAC